UUCUGUGCCAGCGGGUAGCAUUUUGGGUCUGGAAAAUCAUCGGCAUAUGGGCAACUGAAAAUGAAAGCCUGUACUACAAGGCAUACCGUCGGGUAUACCAUUUUUUCUUCACUGGAAUUUACUUGUUCGCGAUGUUCAGCAGUUCGUUUUUUACUGAAAAUCUGGAAGCACUUUGGAUAGAGAUACUGUUUAUGCUACCCACGGAAAUCGCCAUGUUGGUCAAGACCGUAUCCGUUGUGAACAGAUUCGAAGCCAUUUACGGAUUGAAUCGGAUGACUCUUUCGAAAGAGUUUAAAUCAAUGUGCCCGAAACAGGAGGAAGAAUACAAGCGGUACUUCGAACGAUUCAGCAAAGCAAUGAUGUUUUACUAUUUCUGCAGUGUUUCUACGGUGUUGGCCUCCAUGGGAUUCCUUUUCGAUGAUCGACUCAAAUUGCCAUUCUUCAAUUGGUUCUAUUGGGUCCCAAUAGAUAAGGAUCAUAUGAACAAUUACUACAUAAUAUUUGCCUACCAGAUGAUUGGAAUGAUGGGACAUUGCCUCUUGAAUGUGUCUGCUGAUGUGAACAUCGCCCUUCUCCUAUCAACAGCUGGCAAACAAUUGGAUCUGCUAAGUUACGAGCUAGCUCGAUUGCCAGUGAACCCAACGGGAACAAACAUUGAGAAAAGUUAUUAUAAAAGAAAAUUUGAAGAGCACAUUCAACAAUAUAACCGAAUCUAUGACUUUGCGCGGGAAACAGAGAAACAAGUUUCAUGGAGCGUUUUUUCACAAAUCUGUGCGAGUGGCGUUACCAUUUGCGCCAUAAUAUUUCGACUAUCAGCGAUAAGCUUAUUCGAUAAUGUUAGUUCGACGAUUUCGAUGUACUUCUAUCUGAUGUCGAUGUUAACGCAGAUUUUCUUGCCGUGUUACUUUGGAAACGAUGUCACGCUCAAGAGCCAGAAGUUGACCAACGCCAUGUACACCUCGGAUUGGUACCAAUUGGCCCUACGUGAACGAAAAGACCUGAAAAUGAUGAUGAUUCGAACCAGUGAACCCAUUCGAUUAAAAGCUGGCAAUUUCUUUAACUUCAAUCUAACUGAUUUUACAUCGACCCUGAAUAGAUCAUAUUCGUUAUAUGCGGUCAUCAAUCGCCGAAAAUAAAACAGAAAUGUGAAAUUAAUUAACAGCUGAUCGAAUGAUAUUAUUGAGUUGCAUAUAUAAUGAUAUUACAGAAGCA